CGGUAUUACGUCUCGAAAAAAUUUUAGAAUAACAUCUCAUCAAAUGGAAGGAGUAAUUCAUCUUAACCGGCUAGGCAUUUUCAUUUAGAUUCGAGUUAGACUACCAUUCGUUGGGUGUCGAUGUACUUUUACUUAAUUUCGCGUUGAAUAUCGGCUACAUAAGUAAAAGACGUUUACCAAGUUUGUGAUAAUUUAUUGAUUAGAUAAUAAUAGAAAAGUAUUACUCCCAAGAUGAGGCUUUUUUUUAUGUUUAUGUUUGCGGUGCUGUUGUGCAUUAUGAAAAAUUCUGAUUGCAAGGAAACUUCAACCCAUGAACCUGAUGAACCUGAGUGUGAAACCAGUAGUUUACUUUUUGAUCAAAGAGAAAACUUUUUCCAUGAAACUCACAAAUGCAAGGAAGGCGGUGUGCUAGACUUGGAAUGUCCAGUAUGUGGCACAAAAGCUCAUAUCGCAAAAAUUGAGUGGCUGAUGAAUGAUAAACCACCUAACAAAUGGCCGAGACAAAUUUAUCGAAAAUUCGAUGACAAACAUUUCCAAUUGAAGAUCACGGAAUGUGACAAGGAAAAUGAAGGAAAUUAUACGUGUAUAGUAUAUCCGAAUGGCACCAAGACCGAAAACAUCUCUUUUACAUUUCAAGUUCAUAUAGACAAAAGACUCCUUCCUACACAAUUCAUCACAGAAAAGCCACAAAAUAAGACUGUGAAACCUGGUGACUCAUGGAGUUUCAAGUGCCCACUAGUGGAUCCUUCCCUUGAAAUCCAUUGGUAUAAAGUUAAUCUGCUAACCACGAAGUAUACAUCAGAUAUGCAAAACGUAGAUAAUAUGGGACAUGAUGCUGAAGAAUUACAUUUUUUUAAUGUAUCUUUGAAUGAUGAAGGUUGGUAUUCAUGUCGCGUUCUGAAUCAGGAGUCGCAAGAGGCCUUUGCAAGCGCUUAUUUAACCGUUACUGAUCUUUCUUGGUAUGAAGAAAAUAAGACUUUAGUGAUUGGGACUUCGAUUCUGUUCUGUUUUUGCGCUGUUGUUCUUGUUAUACAAGGUUUUCGCAGAUGGAAUAAAUAGGGAAUCGAGCAACAAAGAAACAUCGAAGAAUGGAAAUGACAAACUACUCAAAACAAAAAACAUUAUGAUGGAAUCUAAACACGAUCAAAAAUGCAAGAUUGUUCGCAAACAUUGAAAUUGUGUUUUACUAUACCUAUAUUAUUGUAUUGUAAUAUGAAUGAAUAAAUAUUAUACGCAUUGAUAGAAUAUACCUAAAAGUUUUUGAAACAGAA